CAGUAGUCUACCCCAUCCCGUUGCCUACCAAUACACUCGCCCAGCCUCACAACAGUCCCUACCAUAUUCCUUCAUCAACCACAUACCAACUUGCACCCGUCCCGGUUUGAUUCAGUACAACACCAACCAUGUCCGACGAUGAUUUCAUGAUCGAAUCCGACCAAGAGGGUUACGAUUUCGAGUACGAGGAUGAAGGGGAGGAGGAAUCCGGAGACGUCGAUGUGGAAAACAAAUAUUACAAUGCUAAGCAGAUGAAACCGAGUGACCCUCGGGGUGCGAUAGACGAGUUUCUGGGAGUUGUUGGGCUGGAGAAAGAGAAGGGUGAUUGGGGAUUCAAGGGCUUGAAACAAGCUAUCAAGCUUGAGUUCAAACUCAAGAAGCAUGAUCGGGCUGUCGAGCACUUUGAAGAGCUUCUCACCUAUAUCCGCUCCGCCGUCACACGCAAUUAUUCUGAGAAGUCUCUCAAUAAUAUGCUGGAUUAUAUCUCUUCGUCUAAUGACGAGGAUGAUAUGCCUUACAUGGAGAGAUUCUACGACAUGACGCUUGCGGCUUUCCAGGGGACUAACAACGAGCGCCUAUGCGAAGCUAUACAAAUGUAUUCGGAGACCGGGAAUAAUAAAAAAAUGAAGGAGCUGUAUAAUCAAUCUCUGCGUGUCCGCUCUGCUGUGCCCCAUCCAAGGAUCAUGGGAAUUAUUCGGGAAUGUGGUGGGAAGAUGCACAUGAAUGAAGAAAACUGGAAGGAAGCUCAAAGUGACUUUUUCGAGGCAUUUCGAAACUACGAUGAAGCUGGCUCGAUCCAGAGGAUACAGGUAUUGAAGUAUCUCGUCCUAGCCAGUAUGCUUAUGAAGUCGGAGAUCAAUCCUUUUGAAUCUCAAGAGACUAAACCAUAUAAGUCAGACCCUCGCAUACAAGCUAUGACGGACCUUGUAGAGGCUUACCAGCGCAACGAGAUCCACCGUUACGAGUCGAUAUUGGAGACUCACAAGGCUGAAAUAUUAUCGGAUCCCUUUAUCCGCGAACAUAUCGACGAGGUUACUCGCAACAUCCGUACUGAAGCUCUCUUGAAGCUUAUUGCCCCCUUUACCCGAUUCACCCUUGACUUCAUUGCCAGGCAGCUUAAGAUACAUGUCGCAGAGGUCCAAGAGAUCUUGGGAUUUCUUAUCCUUGAUAAGAAGAUACGCGGAAAAAUUAACCAGCAGAAGGGCACGAUUGAAGUUGAGGUUAAUGUCGAUGCCGAACGAAUGAAGGCAAUGAAGGAUUGGUCCGCUGCCCUAGGAGCUCUUUCCUAUUCCCUCUUUAACGAUGGCGAUGGUUUCAAGAGUGAUGACGCAAGUUUAAUGGGUGGCAUGGACGUGGGACGCCGGCGCAUGUGAGGCCACGAUAGAACUGAUACGGAGUUUGAAUCAGGUUUGACAUGGAAUAAAAGAAAAAAAUCUUGUAGCCUCUUAAAUCUGCAGUUCUUAGUUAAUCUCCUGCUCUUGUUCGAGCCAAUCGACUUUGACGUUUCCCUUUUUCUUCGCGGAGCAACCCCCCCCCCCUCCAAUCUCUAGAAUAGGCUUUCAUGGAAAAUCACUCGCUUCUUGAACCUUCAUUUGAGGAAUCAGAGGUUCGCGGGUGAUAUUGUGGGAAAAAGAACAACACAAAACUCAACCAUGUCAUAAUAUGCCA